AGUCUGUCUUGAGCCGUCCGUUGUAGCGGGUGGAUGGUGGAUUAAGCCGAGCUUAGCCGCGCUUCCGUUGUUCGUCGUCGUCAUCGUACAAGUUGUGUUCACGAGAGGUCGUGUCGUCCGCGGGUUCACACCGGGAUUGGAACGCGAAGGUCGUCGCCGUCGUCGUCGACAUCUUUCGACGGAGGAAGUGUGUCUUGUCGUUGGAAUUUAUCGAGGUUGCCGAAGAAUUCCAAAAGGGUUCUAAAAUUCUACACAACAAUACCUUCGGUCGCGCGGAGUUCAGGAAAGUGAAGAAUUGCAAAACUGAACAAAAAGGUUUUCGAGAAAAGGUUGAUCGCAACCGGUCGAUAAGUGAAUCAAGUUUGAUUUGAAGCAUGAAAUUACCAUCCGACGGUGGACGCGGCGGAUCUUGGCGGUCGGGGAAGUGCCUGGGCGUAUAGAACACCGGGAAGAAAUAUUCAAAACACAAGAACAACAAAGGUAGAGGGCGACUUGGAGCGCGCGCGAAAAUAAGUGAAGCGUGACGAAAUCGUCCAUCGACGAUGAUGUUUUGGUUGGUGCCAUUCUGGAAAAGAAUAAUAUAAAAACAGCCAGCCCCCGGGUGUGAACACCAUCGUUAGUGUACGUUAAUUCCCGUGAAGAAACAGAGCAAAUAACGUAAAGGAAAAAAAAUCGAAGGAAAAUAGAUCUACAACAGGUUGCAAAUAGAACUCGAAACGAUGGAACGAGAAGUUUGCUAAACUAGUUGUCCACAAAGGACCGUCAAGAGCAGGCGCUUUUGGCGAAAAUUUGUAUUGACCAACAUUGGUGUAAAAGCAUCCUCAACGGCAGCCGGUUCGUCGCCUUCCGAGCCCGUGUCCUCAUCGGCAGCAGCUGCUGCCACCACGACAACUGCAUCUUCAUCGUCAUCCCGGCGUCAUUUGAACCUCCCACUGCUGCCCGUGUUGCCACCGCGAUCAGCCGCCCAGAUAAGGCCAGAACCUCCCCCGCCGUACUGGGCCCACUAUCAGCAUCGAGUCGUUCCGGCGGCGGUGGUCCACCCCCCGAUUCCGUUGGCCCGAUCGUCUAGCACAAGCAGCAGUAGCAGUUCGUCCGCGGGGGUCAACGCGUCAAGCAAUGCACACCGGUUGCGUGGCCCGGCGGCAGUUUACGGAGGAGGCGUCGGCGCAGAAGGUUAUCAACGUGCAGUAACGUUGGAACGGGGCAGAGCCACGCAUCGGUACAAUAUUGCACACCAGCAGCAGCAGCACCGGCAGCGUCAGCGGAUCAAAGAGUACUUGUUGAGCCAAGAUGCAUUUUGUCCGGAUUUGGUACGUAAUUGCAAGAUUACCGCAGACCCGCAAUCCGGCCGAAACUCCCCCGAGCCUGUGCCGAGCACCAGCCAGCAGCCUCAGAAUCACCAACCACGCACUAACCGCACUCCCGACCAGGACCAGGACGUCUACGUCGAGAUCGAAGAACUGAACCAAAGUGUAGCCGCAGUCCAGCUUGCGACCCCAGAAAAGCCGCAACCGCCGACCUCAACCACCAGCUCGACCACCGUCGUCUGCGGUGAUAUGGGUCAAAACCUGAGCAUCCGAAGGCCGAAGAUAUCACUCACGUGGGUCCUCCGUGAACAGCAGCAGCAACAGCAACAACAGUCUCAACAGCAGCAGCAGCAGCAACUUCAUCAAAACCAGUCUGCCAACGACCGGCGGCCACCACAAAUCAACGGGAAUUAUCUGCAACCGAGUUCCCAAUCACGGCGCGCAUCUCCGGUAAAGGCAACAGCCGUUGCACCUGCACCAUCACCACCUGCACCGUCGUCCGGCUCAUCCAACGGCGCAGCAGUCCCAGCCCGGAAGAAAUCCCGCACACGCAGCAAGGAGCGACUGUUCAGCGAAAAGUACGUCAGCGAUAACAAUCUGACCGAGUACGGCUACAAUGAGAAGCUCAAGGCAGUUCACGGUGGCCCGAACGGAGGAGCCUCGGCACCGGCCUCGACCGAGCAUCACGGUAGCAACGGCCACCACCAUCAUAAUGGUGUUUAUCGUAAAAGCAAUCGCAGCUAUCGAAAGAACAGCGAUCGCCUCAAGAAAAAGGAAGGCACCCUGGUAUAUCCAAGUCUCGUCCAAAGCGAAACCGUCGACAUUCUGCUCAACAACAACAACAGUAUUAUCAUCAACCUGAAUCAGGAAGAACAGCAGCAGCUGCUCAAGGAAAAGUCCCUCAAAAACACCUACUCAGAACCAUCCCUCUACACGACCGUGUCGGAACCGUCCUCGUCAAAGAACCGCCACCGGCAUCGACGCCGCCGCGAACGGUACCACCGGUCCGCCUCCCAGCGAUUCGGGUACGAAAUCCAGAACGUCGACGAAUUCCUCUCCAAGUGUUCCCUGUCCUCGCCCGGAAACAUUCCGGUGGUGCUGGCGGCGGCCGCUACCCUCUACCAAACCCGGCCCGGUAGCUACCAGAUCGAGAUCCCGCUGCCGCUGGGGAUGGUCGUCAACGCCGUGUUCAAGAACCAAAACUGGCUGUACGUACAAACGCCCCACGCCGAGGAAGGCUACGUCGCGUACAAGACGUGCCUGCCGCUGGGCAUUCUGCCACCAAACCAAAGAUCAAGCUCAACCUCCAAGCCAACGCCGUGCUGGGAGUCAAACAAGGACGUGUUCCCACGACCCAGUGGUAACCUCACCGACAGCGAGAAGGAAAUCCAACAGCUACGCGGCGGCAGCAACACUGUUGCCGGAGCCGGUACCCGUUAUGAGGGACGUCGCACUCCCCGCCUUAAACGCAACGGAACCAACAGCCGCAGCGUGGCCUCGGUAGCUUGCAGCAGCGAGAAAAACCUGGACUCGCUGUACCUCCGCGUAGCGAACCAACCCAAAUCCGCCGAUUCCCAGUCCCAAUUUGCUCAACUCAAGCUCACGCCCAAGGUGCUCAACGGCAAGUCCGCGGCCGCAGCUGCCACGGCCAAACUGGACAAGGUGCUCAACAUGGACCAGUUGGACAAACUGCCCUCCAACGGGGACUACAUUCAGCUGCACAAGCCGAUGCAACACAACCCGCAACACCAGCAGCAGAAUCCGUUCCACCAUCAUCACCACCACAAGAUUCUGGUGAAGAGCGGAAGCGGCGGAAGUGGCCACUCGGCCAGCAGUGUCCUCAACGGGGGACACUACCAUAAGACUGUCAACAACGUUAGCUAUAGUAACUCCACCGCCGCCGCCGCCAAGACGACCACGAACGGAAGUGCAAACCUGCGAACCUCGGCCACGACGGCCGUCCGGCAGACUCUGCUGGCCAUCACCGACAGCUACAGUUCGGAGGCGGUCAGCGUGCAAAAGGGCGACGUGGUCACACUGCUCGCCUGCAAAGAGUACCAGGAAAAGGGACUGAAAAACUACAAACAGUGGUUUUUUGUGCGCACCCGAGACGGUCACGAAGGUUACAUUCCGGCGGAGGCGGCCGGGCAUGGGUUUUUGUAACCCGUUAAUCGUAACGAUAUGUAAAUAGUUAGUUGAUGUUCUCGUGCAAAAAAAAGCUAGACGCGUUAUUUGUUCAUAACCAAAUGAUAUUUAAACUAUCGUGUGUAGAAUAAAAAGUUUAAAACAUUUAAAA